UCUUCCUCUUAUAGAUUCUUUUUAGUUUUUUAAACAAGAAAAAAUGACCAGGGGAGGUUGAUGUGAUGAUAACAGCUGGAUUCGGACAGGGUAUUUUCAUCCAACACGUUUCAAUUCAAUGGCUCAAUUUUGUGUCUCCCCUUUCUGUUCUUCACCUUCUCCUCCUUGUCUUCAACUUCACCGGCAGCAUCAAUUCUUCUUCAUUUCUCAACCAAAAAUUGCUCCUCCUCCUCCUUCUGCUUCCGCCACCGAUUCUACUUUCACUAUCGCUUCCACUUCUUCUAAUUUAACGCCAAAAGUCGUCGUCACCAGAGAACGUGGCAAGAAUUCCAAGCUCAUCACUGCUUUGGCCAAACAUGAAAUCAAUUGUUUGGAGCUUCCACUCAUUGAGCACCUACGAGGACCUGAUUUCGACAAGCUUCCUACUUUAUUAACUGAUUAUGCAUUUGAUUGGGUUAUCAUCACUUCUCCUGAGGCUGGUUCAGUCUUUCUAGAGGCAUGGAGAGCUGCUGGGAUGCCUCGCGUUAGAAUAGGCGUUGUUGGAUCAGGUACUGCAAGCAUUUUCAAGGAUGCUUUGCUGUCAUCAAACCAAUCACUUGAUGUUGCCUUUUCACCUUCAAAAGCAACAGGAAAAGUUUUGGCUACAGAGCUUCCCAGAAUUGGAAAUAAAACUACCAUUCUAUAUCCUGCUUCUGCAAAGGCUAGCAAUGAGAUUGAGGAAGGGCUUUCAAGUCGUGGAUUUGAAGUUACAAGGAUGAACACAUAUACAACGGUACCAGUUCAACAUGUUGAUCAGAUGAUUCUAAAGCAAGCACUUGCUGCCCCCGUUGUUACAGUAGCUUCACCAUCUGCAAUUCGAGCCUGGAAGAAUCUCCUUUCGGAUUCCGACUGGAGCAAUUCAGUUGCAUGCAUUGGGGAGACAACUGCUGCCAUGGCAGGAAGAUUAGGCUUCAAAAAUGUGUACCACCCAACACAACCAGGCCUUGAAGGCUGGGUUGAAAGCAUCCUUGAAGCAUUAGGAUCCUAUGAUGAUUUAUCGAGGUAGUUCUCUGCCCAUCAUAGCAACCUGGAGUUGUUUCCAGCUGUUUAUUUAUGUAGAGUAUUUGAUUAGUUUAUUGGAUUGACAUUGUGGAUGGCUUUGCUAUCUUUGUUCAGUUGUAUUCUUGAGACUCAUGAGGUUAUCAUGCGCCACUAGUAAAAAAAUUCCCAUCAUGUAAAUACCUACAGAUUGAGUCGAGCACUCAAUUUGUCCUUAAACUCUGAGGGAGUGUAAAUGGGUUCAAGUGUUAUUUACAUUAAAUAAGAUUUCCAUGUUUUAUAUCA